AUGGAGAAGCAGGCUGUUAUGGCGGAGUGUGUACGAAAAUCUCCAAGUGGAACUCAAGAGUUCUAUGACUUCAGCAAGGUGACGUUGACUCCGAGCAUGGGUGUGAAGCCGGUCGAAGGUAGCCAGGAUUACGCCGUAACCCGCUCGGGCGACAGCAUCCCAUGUUGGCUGUCCCUCAAGGUCUACAAGACUGGGUCGUAUCUCCUCCCCUUGUUUGGGACGUGUUAUCGGCUCCUCUUUGUGCGCACUGUCCCACUCAUCCGCUACAAAAUCGUCAAGCAGGUGUCCGUGUUGCGGCAGGGCGGUGCGGACUGGCGAGCUCGCUAG